UACCCUUAUUACUCUAUAUAAAGUUUCUGGAACGAAUCACUAAACAAAUUACGUUUUGUCCUACUAAAGUUUUUAAACUUUUAUCACUGGUGGAGAGCGAAUUGGAAUUCUGCGAAUUUUUACCGACAACGAUGUCCAUGUUUUUUUUUUCAGAUUGCUGAAAAGAAAACAUUAGGAAAUGCCCAUGAAAAACGUUAUCGUAAUUAGCAGCGAUUCUCCUGAAAGUUCUGAUGAUGAUGAUGAUGGUCAAGAUAACAUAAAAGUUUUAACAGAAAACCACUUCAAGUUUGUUGAUUGGAAUGAUUUGUGUAAAAAUUUUAAUCAUAAGAAGUCUGUCCAAACCAUACAACACACACAGAGAAAGAACAUUCCUACGACUUGCAGCAUAUCUAUGAACAUCAAGUCUGAAAAUAAGGACUGUGACAGCAAUGCUGAACCCAGUGAUUAUUUGGAAUCCAAAUUAACUUUAAAAUCGGGAAUGAAAGCUUCAGUGCCAUUACACUUGACACCUAAAAACACAGAACACACUAAACCUGAGAUAAAAGCUUCUGAUACAAAGAUAUUGUCCUCUGACCUUCCAUUAAAUGCCAUUCUGAAAGAAAACAAGAUUGAAAUAAAAUUGGAUAGCGGGAAAGUGUCCAAAUUAAAGCAACGAUUAUCAGAGAGGCAGAAAGUCAAGACAAGCAAAAAUGACAACAUUGUACGACAAACUGUACAAGAUCCUUGUUCACAUUGUCGAAUAAAACAGAAAAAAGUUUCUAAAGACGCAAGCAGUUUUAUAAAUAUAUCAAAAAGCACCAUAAGACAUAGCAUAUUCGAAAUAACUAAUUGGAGUUUUAUGGGUGAUGAUUGCAACACGGAUGAAGAAAAAGUAGAAUUAUUCACAGGGAAAUUACCCUGUGUAUUUGAUAUUGAAAAGAAAGAUCACAAUGAUGAAUGUGAAUAUAAAGAUGAUAAAAAGAUUAAAAGUGGACAUCCUUCUUUCCUAUCUUAUUCCAAAGAUGCUCUUCAAAAUGCCGACAUUAAGAAUGAAGAUAAAUUCGGUGCUACAAGUACUUUAAAUGAUUCUAUUAAUGUAAUUGAAAGUCCAAUAAAAUUGGAUCCUGUUUUAUCACUUGAUGAAAACAUUAAUUGUGGACCUUCUUCAUCUUAUUUCAAAGAAGAUUCUCAAGGUACUGACGAUAAACAAGAAGAUAAAUUGAAAGGUAUAUGUACUCUCAAUGAUGAUGUAAAUGUAAUUGAUAGUCCAAUACAAUUUGAUCCUGUUUCAUCGCUGGCAAUUGAUACUGCUCCUAAUUUUCCCAAUCAAAUCAUUGUAAGUAGUAGUGAUGAAAGUGAUGCAAUGUAUACUGAUGUAUGUGAUGGUCAAAACAGCGCCGCACGUUCAAAACACAUAAAUAAAGGAAACCAAGUAGUUGUCAUGACUCCGCAGCUGGUUAAUCCAUAUCAUAUCACAUUGAAUAACGUUUCUUUCAAGUAUGUUAGGAAACGGUUUUAUAGUAAUGACAAAAAUGCUUUGGAGGCUCAUCAAAAUAAAGAUUUUCAUUUAACGUAUGUUAAAGUAUUGGUGCAAACAGCUGACGGUCACAAAAUGCCUCCAAAGGAGAGUCUAGACUAUAUGAUCAGAAAUAUUUUGCUGCAGAGCGAAUCUAUUGAAGAAAUACUGGCUGUUUAUAAUUGUUUACAUAUUUUGAGAGUACGUGGUCAAAUAACAUACAAAAAUUAUCCAUUAAUAGCUGAUGAUGUCAUAAAAACGCUGGAGCUGUUGUGCAGAAAUAAAAGGGAGCAGGAACCGCAAAUAUUUGCAAGUCGGUAUUUUUUAUUUAAAUUUUUAACAGAAUUAUUUUCAAGGGACUUUCGCAGAUAUCAAAAUAACAAACGUUUGUGUUUAGUGACAAAAUUUCUUUGCUCUCCAAGCAAUCAAUACAAUUUUUUCAAAGGAUUGUUUUCUUAUUUGAAUGAUUUGAUAUUGUUAUGGUCUAAUGAUGUGAGAUUUGUGGCUAAUGUUGGCACUGAAACAGAAAUUGUUGUCGAAUACAGAGAUUUAAUUGUAUUGUUGCAGACGAUGUUGGACCUGUACGUUAAAUGUUGUUCUUCAUGUUUUCUUGAGAGUGUUUGUGUUUUGUAUAGUGAUUUAUACUCAGAUUUAUUUGAUUUAACUCAGAAAGAAAUUUUCUUGUCAACUAUACCAGAUGUUGAGUUGAAGUUUAACGUACUUAACUCGAUUGUACAGCAACACUUUGAAAAUACAGUGCAGUCUGACCGUACAAAAUUAAAUUUAUGUCGUUUGGUUGAGCAAGAUUUUCAAAGACUACCACCUCGGUUUACCUACACUAAGAUGGAGAGCAGCAAAGAGAGAAUAUUUUCUAGCGAGGAAGUGUAUCAUUUUGUUAACGUUAUGCGCAAUUUAACCGAACUUUAUGUGACAAGAAGGAAGAUUGAUUUGAGUUUGUUGAAAAUAGAGCACGAAAUUUUAAAUGACAUGAAAAAUUAUGUGAAGAAGUUAACUGUCAGACUGGAAGGGAUAUGCGCUGACAAAUUAUCACUUAGCACUCGCGUUCACUUGGUAGGGUUGAGUAAUGUUUAAGUAGUUCGAUUAAUUAUGUUCGCAUUUGCUCUGUUCGUUUAAGGUAGCCUUUACAUGGAUCCGAAAUAAAAUUUCAAACCGCAAUGAAAUUCCAUCGUGUUUACAUGACGUUUUUCAUAUCACCGUUGUGCAUACUGCACAUGCGCUGUAACUUUGUGCACAUGCGCAAUUAUGUAAACCAAAUUCGCGAAUGCAUGUAAACGUUUUGAAGAUUAGACAAGAGACCGAAAUCAAAUGUAAAGGCUUCCUGAGUUUUUAUACUCUGGCUGUGACAAGGGUAAAACGCGUUGACCAAUACGCUGCUUGUUUUAACUUGAGGUGCCCAGAUGAUUUAAUAUUAAUUUUAGAAACGUUCAUCUUUUAUAAGAGUCAAUUAAUAGACUCUUUUAUGAGAGUCAAUUAAUAGAUCAAAAAACGAUCAUGUGUUUCCAAAAAAAUUUUCUGGAGAUUUUAAUGCAAACGCAGGAUGUUCUAAUUAUACAUUUUCGUUGUAGAAAAGUUUGCGUUUUUUUUAUGAGUCAUUUAUUUUUGAGUUCAUCAGCUUUUUGUUCAUGGUUUGAAAGAAUUGAAUUCACGAUUAUAAGAAGCGUAUUUCUAAAUUGACUGCAAUUUUUUUGAAAUUUAAAUCCAGUGAAACGUUAAGAAAAUCAAGUUGCUGAUAGCAAUUUCUUAAAGUAAUGUGUUGACGUUUAAGGAUUAUUUUUAUUUCUGUUUUGUUGUUGUUUUAAAAAAUUAUUUUAACGUCUUUUUACCUGCACAGUUUAUUGCAUAUUUUAAAUAUUGUACAUAUUGAUAUUCAAAACAGCUGAUUACAAAUUGAUCGCUAUAAAAGACUGGUAUAGAGGUUGUUAUAAAUUGAAUGACCUCAGACAUAUUCUUAAAAUCAAUAAAUACACGAUAACUUUAUUCAGUUGUAUUUUUUUAAUUUUUUGUGUUUACGUCUUUGAUUUUGCCAGAUUAAUGAAGGACUUUUGAUUAAAGCCUUUUAUGGUGGCAGCUCUCAGCGUUUUAAUGUUGGUUCUCCUUAUCUUAAUCUGUGUUACAUUAAAAAUAGAUAAAUAGGUUGAUGAAAACUGUGUGUCAGUAAACGCUUUGUAGUUGACUCGUGUUAACUUUCAAAGCUGCCAAAAUCCUGUCGCUGUGGCCAGAAAGAUUUCUAAUACGCAUGCCUAUUUACCAAACGCCUAGGAGCUGCGACCAAAACCUAUACUUUGGGAAUGUAAAACCUACUUGCUUGAAGGGUACGGAUGAUUUUCGGGUAAAUUAUUUUCGCCCUUUUUUAACUUCACUUUUAAGUCCUUGAGUAAUGUUUAGUUUCUUAACUAAGUUGAUCUUCAACCGAUUUUAUAUAAAAGCAGUUGAUUCGGAUUGUUUUAAAGGCAUUGUGUUGCUUUCACGUAGUUCCGAGUGGUUUCGUUAAAAUCGUGGCUCAUUUCAGGCCGUUUCGUAAAUCGACACCUACAUUAAGUACUAAAAUUUUUAGCGAAAAAACUUUCGGAAAAAUUUUUUUAUUUUAACGGAAAAAUUUUUGGACAAGUUUUAUAAAGUCAAAAAAUGUAUGGGUAAGUCUUUCAACAUCUUAAAAAGGAUCUUUAGGAUCCAACUUUAUAGAUAGAGCCUCAGCCAAAUGUGAAAAUAACGAAAAAAAUAAGUUCAAAAACUGCAGUUUUUAUUGACUUUCUGAUUACCCUAUAUAUAAUUUCUAUGCACUGAAUCUUUUUUAAAAAAAAAUUAAAAAAAACCAAAUUUUUUUAGCAAACAUUUCAGACAAAAAAUAUUUCGAACAAAAACAAUCCGAAAGUUUCUCCGUCCGAAAGUUUUCUUUAUUAGUGUAUUUCUUUGCCGAUUACAAGCGACUGUGAUAUAUAGAAGGGGCAGAUAAGAAAAUUGUGAUCUUGGUCGGCCAGGGCAAUUAAUGUUUAUCGAACUGGCUUCGGUCUUAAACAUCAGACGUAAAGAAGAAACACAAAGAAAAUAUUAAACAACUUUUCACAGUAUUAGUUGUUUAUUGGAAUCACUAUCAGUUGUUACAAAAAUAUUAUCUCUGCUUUCUCUCGAGCGUAAAAUGCUGAUUUUU